UUCAGUAAUUAAUGUCAAUGGACAACGGCAAAGUAUUUAAAUGGCACAAUAAAAUGCACCAUUGUGUUGGUUAUUUUAGACUCGUUUUCAUAUUGCUUUUAAAGCCAGAUGAAUUAAAAUGACAGAUAGAGACGGCAUAUUAAAAGCGAAUUGCUUGUUUAGAUUACAGCUUUUCACUGCGUGCAUAUAUUUUUGCAUUAAGGACAUUUGAACUUAUAAUAACAUUUUUUUUUGCGAAAAUGUCAAAGCAAAAAAAAAAUCGCCAGCAGUGCGUGAUGUCAUUGACAUGCGACUAUUCAAUUUCAUUCGUAAUUUCGUGAAUAUCAUCGAAAGGCACCUGUUAAAAUUAAAGUAUGUUGUUCUGUGAUGGUUCAUCUUGGCCAUUUGGAUUUUAGCCUGGAGACGCGCUGCAUUCAGUUGAAGCUAGAAAAUGGAAAGGACAGGGAAGAAGCUGAAGGCUCACUGCCCUGCGAUGACCUGCAUGAUCCAGAGGAAACUGGUGAGGAACAGAAGAGGGACAUCGGUCCUCAACCGCUUCCAAUGAAGACAGCAAGACAGUUGUUGUCGUGGUACACAAUGAGCUGGUUCCAGAACAUGCCUACGUCGGCAGGUGUCCCACUGCCUCCUCUUCGGGUACGCUGUGAUGUGGACACCAAGGGCUAUGCGCAGUAUAACCUGUUUGGCUCCAUGCAGGUGGAGAACACCAUCGAGUCGCAGUGCAGCAUUGCCGGUGUCUUCAGGUGGAGCAACAGGGAGAAGAUCCUGCAGAUGCCACCAAAGUCCUCUGAAGCCGUACUGGUGAGCAAGCACUGUAUAGUAUACUUGUUUAUAUUCAUAACAAAAACAAACUUUCAUGACUUGAUUCAUUUUAAUGAAGUUACUCUACUAUGAUGCUGAUGUAAGUGUAAUAUUAAUAAUGGAUGUUAUUUACAUACUUCUUUCAAAGCAAAUGAAGAUUGAAGAAGAUGCCCAUCCUGAGUUCAGAAGGUCAAAAAAAACCUGCCACAAGUCCUUUUUAUGAAACCUAC